GUCAACGAUCCAGUGAACAUUAAGCGGAGCAGACCAAAAUCCCAAACAAGGAAAUGGUGGGGGAAUAAAACGACCAGAUUAUUUAAUUAAUGCAUGUAAUAAUUAAUAUUUUAUUUUAUUGUAAAUUAAGACGUAUUUAUGGGUUAAAAUGGAUUACGACUUCAAAACAAAGCUGGCGGCUGAGAGAGAGAGAGUAGAAGAUCUGUUCGAAUAUGAAGGUUGCAAAGUGGGUCGAGGCACCUACGGGCACGUUUAUAAAGCUAAGCGCAAAGACGGUAAAGAUGAGAAAGAGUAUGCACUGAAACAAAUAGAAGGCACUGGAAUAUCGAUGUCGGCCUGCAGGGAAAUUGCUCUGCUACGAGAGCUGAAACACCCUAAUGUGAUCGCCCUGCAGAAAGUGUUCUUGUCCCACAGUGACAGAAAAGUUUGGCUCCUCUUUGACUAUGCUGAACAUGAUCUUUGGCACAUCAUCAAGUUCCACCGUGCCUCCAAGGCCAACAAGAAGCCCAUGCAGCUGCCCAGAGGGAUGGUGAAGUCUCUCCUGUAUCAGAUUCUGGAUGGGAUCCAUUACCUCCAUGCCAACUGGGUGCUCCACAGGGAUCUGAAACCAGCUAACAUCCUUGUGAUGGGGGAAGGUCCUGAACGAGGAAGAGUUAAAAUCGCUGACAUGGGUUUUGCCAGACUCUUCAACUCUCCCCUCAAGCCGCUGGCGGACCUUGACCCUGUGGUGGUGACAUUCUGGUACAGGGCCCCUGAGCUUCUGCUGGGGGCUCGGCAUUAUACCAAAGCUAUCGAUAUUUGGGCAAUUGGCUGUAUCUUUGCGGAGCUGCUAACAUCAGAGCCCAUCUUUCACUGUCGCCAAGAAGACAUCAAGACCAGUAACCCCUUCCAUCAUGACCAGCUGGACAGGAUAUUCAGCGUCAUGGGUUUCCCCGCAGAUAAGGACUGGGAAGACAUUAGAAAGAUGCCUGAGUACCCCACUCUGCAGAAAGACUUCAGGAGGACAACGUAUGCAAACAGCAGCUUAAUCAAAUACAUGGAGAAGCACAAAGUCAAACCAGACAGCAAGGUUUUCUUGUUGCUCCAGAAACUCCUCACCAUGGACCCAACCAAAAGAAUCACAUCCGAACAGGCGCUGCAGGACCCGUACUUCCUAGAGGAUCCUUUACCAACCACUGAUGUGUUUGCUGGGUGUCAAAUACCCUACCCGAAGCGAGAGUUUCUCAAUGAAGAUGAGCCAGAAGAGAAAACAGACAAGAACCAGACCCAGCAGCACCAGCAGACAACAGGCCAGACUCAGGCCCAGAACCAGCAGCAAACAGCAGCCCAGCAGGCACCUUCCCAGCAGAGCUCUGCCCAAACAAAUGGCACCGCCGGAGCUACAGGGGCCACCACUGGCGGGGGUUUGCAACAUGGCCAGGACCAGGGGCCGCCCAACAAGAAACCUCGGAUCGGGCCCUCUGGGGCCGCCUCAGGCACUGGGGUGCUACAGUCAGAGUACCAGCACUCCAGCUCCCGCCUUGGUUACCAAAGCAAUGUCCAAGGUUCCACUCAGCCCCAGAGCACCAUGGGAUACUCGUCAUCAUCCCAGCAGAGCUCCCAGUACACCCACCAGACCCACCGUUACUGAGGCUCCCAGUCACUCCUGAACCAGCAGAGGAGUCAGCUCCUCCUCCUUCAACCAACCCUCACCAACCUCAGCAGGUGUUCACUGCAUGCCCCCAGCUCCCACAUCCUGGUUGGAACUCCUUCUGUACAUUAUCAUUCCAAGUCAACUAUCCUCCUUAUGAUCCUCCCUCACCUUUGACCUCUCAUCUGACAGUCUUCAGUGGCACUGUAACAUGAAGGCAAGCAAAUAUAGGAACCAAAAAAAUCUAACAAGAAGUUCUGCCUCGUCGAGCUUGGUGAACCAUUUUUAAAACAACUGAAAAUAUUGUAGGAUAGAUUUGAAGGCGUCACACACAGAGACUCAGAACGAUGGCACUUACACACCCACUGUUCCUCAUGAGGAAUAAUUGCAGCGGCGUUGAUGUAUAUACAUACAUUAUAUAGCACCUUUUUCUAUUUGGUUUUUUUUUCUCGCUUGUUUGCUAGAAUUUUAAAGUUUACCUUGAUAGUUGAUGUCAUUGUAAAUAUUAUGUCUGGAAGCUGUCGGAUGAAAUGAAGCAGGAGGAAAAACCCUUUAGUGUCAUCUCUAGUGUAAAAUUACCUUGGAUAAUCAAAGAAAGGUUUGAGCUAACCCUGACACAGGUCAAUGUUUUUACACAGAAAAAAGUCAGCUUUGUAGCUGAUGCACUUGCAGGGAAAUGUUAAAUGCGCAAUUUAUCUUAAUCUUCUUAUUGUAACAUUUCUAUAUUUAAAUCUGUCUUUAUCUGGAUUUAGAUUUGGAAAAUAAGAAGCAUAGUUGUCUUUUUACAGUUCUAAGUUGUGUAUAUUCUGAUUCACUCCACUACCUACAGAGAUAAGAAUCAUUUACAGCCAAGCUUCGUUUCCUCUGACGACAACAGCGCUUUCAGGAGGGAGGACGCCUGUUGUUUGUGGCCAGCAGCUCCAGAGUGGAGCUGUUGGUGGACACUUUGUUAUGACACCCAUCUAAUAGACACUCAAGACUUUCAAGAUGUCUGAAAAUGAGCGUGCGCAUAAAUAUACAGGGCAGCUAACAGUAUGGCCCCCCUUCAGUGCUUCUUGAGACUGUUACUGCCUGAUAUCAGAUUGUUUUUUUUUAAAGAUUUUAUUAUCAUUGUUGCCCUGAGUGUGUGAAAAGCGUGUGUACGUGUGUGUAGUAUGAUUUUUAUGCAUGUUGUUGUAUCUUUUUACUUACUAGAACUGCACUGAC